CCGCCGCGCGCGCCCCCGCCACCAGCUCGCUGCGUGUCGAGGCGCGCGCGCGCACGAGCACGCGCUCCGCCCUGGAGGCUGCGGCGGCAAGUCGUCCGCCGCCGUCCGGUCGCGCCCUCGCGGAAGCUCGGCAGUGCGCGUGCGCCCGCACCCGCACUCCAAAUUAGAAAGGGGACGUCUAGUGGGUUGCCCGGGAGGGGUGGCAGGAGCGGUCCCGGAAAUAAUCUGUCCUCUGUCACCGGGAACUGGCGAGGUAGUUCCUUCGCGGUGGAGAGACCUGGAAUGGCCAAAUAUCAAGGUGAAGUUCAAAGUUUGAAACUGGAUGAUGAUUCAGUUAUAGAAGGAGUAAGCGACCAAGUACUUGUGGCAGUUGUGGUCAGUUUCGCUUUGAUUGCUACCCUGGUAUAUGCACUUUUCAGAAAUGUACAUCAAAACAUUCACCCAGAAAACCAGGAGCUAGUAAGGGUACUUCGAGAACAGCUUCAAACAGAACAGGAUGCACCUGCUGCUGCUCGACAGCAGUUCUACACCGACAUGUACUGUCCCAUCUGCCUGCACCAAGCCUCCUUCCCGGUGGAGACCAACUGUGGACAUCUUUUUUGUGGUGCCUGCAUUAUUGCUUACUGGCGAUAUGGUUCAUGGCUUGGGGCAAUCAGUUGUCCAAUCUGUAGACAAACGGUAACCUUACUCCUAACGGUAUUUGGUGAAGAUGAUCAGUCUCAGGAUGUUGUGAGAUUGCAUCAGAAUAUUAAUGAUUAUAACCGGAGAUUCUCAGGGCAACCCAGAUCUAUUAUAGAGAGAAUUAUGGAUCUACCGACUUUACUGAGGCAUGCAUUCAGGGAAAUGUUUUCAGUCGGGGGCCUUUUCUGGAUGUUUCGCAUCAGGAUAAUACUUUGUUUAAUGGGAGCUUUUUUCUAUCUUAUAUCACCUCUAGAUUUUGUACCUGAAGCCUUGUUUGGAAUCCUAGGCUUUCUAGAUGAUUUCUUUGUCAUCUUUUUAUUGCUUAUCUACAUCUCUAUUAUGUAUCGAGAAGUGAUAACCCAAAGGCUAACCAGAUGAAAAAAAAAAAAAACUGAAUUUACUAGGAUAUCUGAGCUAACAUAAAACAUCAAACAGAAGGACCCAUGGCAGUAUAAAGCAAUGAAGUAAUGGAGUAUUAUCUCACAAAUAUAAAACCACUAUAAGACAAACAUUUGAUUAUCAUUUGACAAAUGCCUAGGAAUAUAUAACUGGAAUUUUCACAUGUUGCAAGUUCUAAUAUUAAGUUUAGAAUUAUAAUGAUCUACAAUUGUAUCUUGAUUCUAUGUUGUCUGGAAAAAAUAAGGAAUUAUAUAAAAAGGGAUGCUUUUAUAUAUUUUGCUUUUCCCCAGAAUUACUUAGAUUAAUUGGAUGUAUAGUAAAAUAUUGUUAAAUGUCAGUUUAUCCACCUUAUUCUUCUCAGUGGGUACCUAUAUGAUAAUAUAUAGCUGUGAAACUCAUCUAAAUAUUUUUGUUACAAUAAAAUAUUAUAUACUAUUGGGGAAAAUUCAGUAUUUCUUUUAGUGCUAGCUAAGUUUUGUGCAUUUGGAGCAGUUCUGCUUUUUCAUUCUGGUAUAAUUAAUUAUUUGUUAUCAGCUGUAAUUCAAAGAAGAAACUUGAACUUCAUACUUCAGUAUCAUAUUUUAGUUUACAGAACACAUUUUAAUCAAUAGAAGAAUUAAGAUGAAAAACAUGGCCGGGCGGGGUGGCUCACACCUGUAAUCCCAGCAGUUUGGGAGGCUGAGGCAGGUGGAUCAUGAGGUCAGGAGAUAGAGACCAUCCUGGCUAACACAGUGAAACCCCGUCUCUACUAAAAACACAAAAAAUUAGCAGGGCGUGGUGGCCGGCGCCUGUAGUCCCAGCUACUCGGGAGGCUGAGGCAGAAGAAUGGCGUGAACCUGGGAGGCGGAGCUUGCAGUGAGCUGAGAUUGCACCACUGCACUCCUGCCUGGGCAACAGGAUGAGACUCCAUCUUAAAAAAAAAAAAAAAAGAUGAAAACAUUUAUCUCCAGUCAGCACACUUGAUGUUCACAGUUAGACAUUUAAACAAGAGCUCAUCCUUUCAUAGUAGAUAUAAAAGUAAUUUGUAAAGGUAAGAUUGUUUUAGGAACCUGGGCAAUGCUGCAAACGGAGUAGCCUGAUGCAUUUCUGAGGAAGGUGGAUGAGAUCUUUGUGUCUUUGAGCAUCAAGCCCAUAGGAAGGUACUGGGAACAGUAUCUACAUUUGACAAAAGAAAUUACUGGUUAGCUAUAGCAGCAGACUGGACAAACUUGGUUAGUUUUCUGUUGUCAGAAAUCUUUAUAGUAUUGUCUCAGGAAGGCAGCACACAGCUCAGAUUCAUGUCUUGAGCCAAACAAGUGAAUGUAUCUGAGAAGACUCAAUACCACAUGGUAUUGGGAGAUCUUACUCACUUUGGCUGGUAUUGGUCAUUAGUGAAUGUAUGACAGCAGGAUGUGAGGGGAUGCCCAGGAGUCAGUGUUAGCAUUGUCAUCUGAGAUCACUGCUAUUAAUAUCAUCCAUUAAUUUAUUAGUGAGCUUCACUAUAGCAGACUGGGAGAUAAGGAGAAAAUCUGUCACAUUCUCUCUAGUUAAUCAGAUCAGCUACCAAUUAAUGAGAUUCUGAAUUAAAUAUCAAUAUGUGUUUUUCUAAUUUGGAGCUAGGACAGAGCUGUUGCUUGUCAUAGAGAAAGACAAUAAUGCUUAAACAUAGCACAUUAUAAUUAAAGCAGUUACUCACAUACUUUUCAUUUUAGCCUUUGGACAAUUUUGUGAGGAACGCUGGGCACCAACUUCCCUUUCAUAGAUACAAUCCCUAUGCUAUUGAUGAAAGUGUUUUUGAAUGAAGUCAUACAACAAAUAACUGAUCAAAGUGGCAUUAAACCAAACUCUUUUAGUAGGACUCCUGCAUAGAAUGUUUAGAUAGACGUGGAAGUUGUUAAGAGGAAUGGCAAGAGAGAAACUGGUUCUUUGGAAGUCUUUCGUGCUACAUUAUACCUCCAUCAGAGUAAGACAGCUUAGGCACUCCUAAGAGGAAAGAUCUGUGGAGAUGACACCUGAAGAUUGCAUGAAUCCGAAUUCUACACUUCCAAAUUAAAUAGGUAAAAGGGUGGCAUACAUCACAGAAAACGCUUGCUGUCACCAACUUGAAAAGCAAAUGAGUAGGAGUUUGUCACACUGCCAUGCAUUUGUGGCUGGAAAUGCAUUUCCUACCAGUUAUACAUUUGGUGUGGGGGAAUGGUGAUGUCAUUUUUUGACAGCAUUUUAUUUGUGUGCAUGCGUUCUGCUCCAAGUGUCACAAUUCUGGUUACAAUAAUUAUAAUAUUUGGAGUUACUACUAAGACUUUCCUGAAAGAGGUGUAUUGUACCAAAUUUUGUAACGUAAAAAAAAUACUAAAUGAUCUUAAAGCUUACUAAAUUGUGAAAAGGGUACGUGCUAACAUCUCAGAACUUUAGACCUGCUUAUUGUCAUCUUUACCGAUCUCUGAUGAUAAAUGCAGAAGGGAUCUGAGAGUUUUUAAAGCAAGUAGAGUCAAUCAGUGUUUUGAACAUUAUAGUAAUACUUCUGUGAUUCAGAGUUAGAUCAUAUAAAUCAAAGUAACAAUUUGGAUUUUUUUUUUAACAACAAUAUCAUAACUGUCAUAAAACAGAUGGUCCAACCCCAGGAGCAGAUAAUAACUUGGGCAGCUCUGUGGGGAAUAAGAUGGGGAAAACAACUGUUCUAACUGCCCACUAGAACAGUGGUUUCAACUACUACAAUUCUCAGUGUUUGAGAGGUACAAGGGAAGAAAGGACUGUGUGGAUCCCUUGUGGCUAUGCAGAUACCUACCUCACAGAGUUGUUGUAGAAGACUGGUGGUUUGGUUCAAACCUUGUGAUUAAAGAGUUUGUCAAGCAUUUUAUUCUUUUGAAUAAAAGCAACAUAUCUAAAA